AUGACCAAGGCAACACCUAGCGCCCCACUGACUCUUGGCUGUGACGAAUUCAUAUGGCGGGUCCACGCCUUCCUGGAUUCACAAGGUCUUUGUCAUUUCUGCAAGAGACACUGCGGCAAUGCCGCCGGGGCCUGUCCCGGGCCAAUCGACCGUUCAUACCUCAACAUCCCCAAUGAAUUCCAAACCUCGACUAAGCCUCUCAAUUAUGUGGCCCCCCGCGCCUGGAGCAAACCUACCACCAGCCCCGGACAAUCCUCUCAACCUCCAGCCGGCUGA